UACCCAUCUGAAUCUAGUCAGUCAGAUAUUACCGAAAUGAAGACAUUUCUUAUCUUAUCGUUGCUCGUAACUGCACUCAUCUCGUCCGUGCUUGCUGUCGAUUGGUAUGCAUUCACGCAAGCCAACUACGCCGCUGUCCAGAAUGGACUUGCACAAAUCAACGAUGCAGCCACGCAGAUGAAUCAGUCCAUCAUCCAGCAGCAAAAUCGUGUACAAAACGCUAUGGACGACAUGGACAGCUAUAUUCGAAAAUCUUUAGUUGCCUUGUGGAUACAGCAUUCGAAUUUGAACCUUUCUGGGGAUCAGCUGCAAUCGACGUUAAACUCGAUAUCUAAGGCAAGCAACUAUAAGGAUCAUGUGUCGUACAUCGCCGAGGACUACAAACAGAGUGUGACCAGCAACGUCAUGGUUCCGGCUCAAUCGAUUGUACAAAGUAUCCUGAACGCCAUGAUGACUUUCUAUGCCAACCAAUGGCAAAGUUGUGCGCAACAAUACGCUUCGCAACUCGUGCAACCACGAUUAUCCGUGGGCCGACUACAGCAGUGCAUCCUCGUGGCUCUUCCGUAUUUUGAAUCGGUAGCCAACACCACUUUAUCCAUGUUCGAUUACGGAAAGUCCGGCGUGGAUACGUUACUCAGUAUGCUGGAUUUGUGCGCGCCGAGCUCGACCAACUGUGUGUCCAAGUUCUUCAACGAUCUGCCCAGCUUGCUGAACAAUGUCGUUAAUGCAGUUUCGUUUCUGUCCGGAAUUCCAUCAGCGAUCAUUCAACCGGGUAAACCAGCCGUUCAAGAGUGCGUUGCUUUGAUUACAGCUGAUAUACAGCAAACACUGCAGGGGCUUGUCAAUAAAACCACAUCUUGCUGAGAAGGAGAAUAAAUCCCACAUUAUGCCUUAGAACUUAAGCUGCUUUCGUCGUUUUCUAUUGUCAGAGACCACACGGACAAAGAACAUCAGAAAAUACCGUAAAAGUAAUCAUUAUCGUUAAACUUUUAUUAAUUAUGUACAAAGUUAAAUAAUUAAACCUAAAAGUCUGGGUAAGAAUGCAUAAA